AUGGAGGUGCCAUACAUCCUUCUCUUAACUCAACUGGUAGCAGAAGUUGCCAGCAAAUCUCCUGAAAGCUCGGUGUCAGAAACAGAAUGCUGUGUGGAUAUGUUGGAUUCAAACACUUCCUGUCCAGUAACCAACCAGUGCAGUCCAGGUUGUUACAGAAGGUGGAAUGAGGAUGGCAGUAGCAGCUGCAUUAAGUGCAAAAAUGAAUCCCUUCCUGUCUCAUCUGGUCACAAUCUGACUGAAUGCAGAACCUCUGGUAGCAGAGGAAUGAAUUUCCACAUGAAUAUAAGCACUGUAACUCCUUUCCUCCAGAACAUAGGGAGCCCAGAAGUAGCAGCUUCCCUCAUCUUAGGCACAUUUUUCAUCAGUUUAUUCCUGAUUCUCUCUGUUGCUUCUUUCUUCUACCUCAAACGUGCCAAUAAACUUCCUAACAUCUUCUACAGGAGAAACAAAGCGAGGACAAAAGGUGCUUUGUCUGACCCAAUCAAUUCUUCUCUUAUGCAGGCAUCCAUGAUACCUCCCCCAGCUUCUUCAGUUCGGAAGCCGCGGUACGUCAGGCGCGAGCGCUCGCUGGUGACAUCCACCUCUGCUGCUAUCAUCUCCUCUGCUGAAACCAGGGUCAGCAAUGUCUGACCUUCCUUCUUGACUGAGGACUUCACAAGU